UUACCCCAGUUUCUCCUCUCUCAAAGGCGAAGUGCUUGUUAUACCGGCAGGCAAAUUCUUCGCCGCUCUCUGUACUAUUAUUUCCAACCAUUAGAGGACGCGCUGCAGGCUCUAGAAGCCACUGAAGACUGUCGCCUAGCAACCGCCCCCCCACCGUUCCUAAACAAAGCUGACACGCGGCGGGAGAACCCGCGAUCUGCUUUUGCUGCUGCCGCAGCCGGCCCUACUAAAUCAGCCCAACCCCUGGAGCAUGCCACCCACUAGGGACCCCUUUUCAUUCCCACACUAUGAAAAUGAAGACACCUACACCGGGAAGAACAGAAGUUCCCAGAAAACUCCCUAUGCUGUGCCAACCCACCUUGCACAGCAACGAGACCCCUGGAAUCGACUACAUGCAACACCUACACUAGCAAGCAUCAGAAGGGAAAUCUGGUACUCGGAACCCGAGGUUUCCAGAGACAGUCUGGAUUUUAACCUCAGCGCCCUGUACAAUCACCAUGAAGACCUGCUUAAAGAUAAGAGCAAGGUAGUCCUCCAUAAGGAGACAAUAUUUGAUGAUCAUGGAGUACUGAAGGGUUUAGAGCCUGUGAAGGAACGCACUGCACCUCCAAUUCAACGUCCCACGUCCAGGGGCAUCUCUGUGAGACAUUGGGUCAACCCAAUAAAAGAGUCAAUCCACAGCAUUGAGGGAGCUAUUGAGUCUCCUCACACUGCAGCCACCAACAGUGGAUAUUCCCGCAAAGAGAAUGGUGGGAUCUUCUAUCACUAAGUGGUCCAUGGCCAUGAUGCUGCUUCACUUCUUUCAGCUAGUUUUCAUGUGCACCUGAGUUAACUCUUUACUGUCUGCUUUGCUUUUAGAUCAUUCAUUAAACCAUCCAGCUUCACUGAAUUCUAGUAACAGCACAGCAAUACUGUACCCCAAUAUUUAAAAGAAACAAACUGUUUCUUGCCUAUGGGUCAAUCCCAAAAGUGUGCAGGCCUAGUAAAUCCAGAGAUUUGGGUAGAGAUUAAAACAGUCAGUCUGAAUUGAGGUUCUUGGUAGAUGCUA